GAGUGCGAAGUGUUCUGACAUUUGAAAAACCGGAGUGGGGCUCCAGCUUGUGGUUGUAAAUUCAUGACAUUCCGAUGUUUGUUCAAAAAAUUGUCGUCAGUUUAAUUUAAAAGACUCAUAAAACAAGGAAAAAGGUUUGGAGACUCUUCCCAGAGACAACGCUCCCUUGAGCAGUGGCUGUUUAGUUAGGCUGCAUGCACAGAGAGGCUGAGAGGACACCUGAAAAAAUGUCUGCUAGACAAUCAGUGCGCGUCUUGGAUGCAUUGCUGGAAGAGGAAUGCUUGCCAGAAGUUACGCUUCUUGAUGAUACAUGUGACUCAUUUCUUCAUGGUAGCAUGCCAGCUACUCCUGUGACCGCUGGGUCUUUGAAAAGCUGGAUUACUUCUCUCCAGCCUUCCCAACUGACUUCAUCCCCAAAUUCAAACACCACGACUGAAAUAAUCCGCCCUCUGAAUAAGAGCAUGGAUCUUAGCCAAUCUGAUGUAAACAUUUCCAAAGUGGAAAAUGAUACUUGCUAUACUAAACUUAAAUGGGAUGGCAUGAAAAAGUUGUCAGAAAUUAGAUCAAUUGACAGUAAAAGUGAUAAAGAAAAUAACAAGGACUACUCUCCUGUACUGUCCAGACAUAUUUGGACAACAGCUAACGACUCUGAUGACAAGAUGAAAGACCUCUCAGAGAGUAUUCGUGCUCCGUUGGGCUGGCUGGAUAGCAGAUACUUCCCAGAUAUUACUCUUCUUGAUGCUACGCGGGAUUCUGAGCUAUCACAAGUUGAUGACUUAUCCUCCACGGACGUGAAACAGGAAACACCAGUGGCUAAUCUGGAAAACAACCAGCCUCCCUCAGAGUUCAGCGAACAACGUGGGACAGAGCCUGACAGGUCGUAUAUGGUUCCAAGAGAAGAAUUGUCAAGUACUAGUACUAUUACUGGACAUGUCACCCACACCACAAUCUCCUUUAGUGAAAAAUCUGAUCAAAGUGUGAGGGGAAACAGAACGCAAUCAUUUCUGGAAGUAACGCAGGAUAUUUCUUCAAGCCGUGUUUUUGAAAACAGUAGGCCCUCAUUGGAGCCCAUUGGACCAAACAUGGUGAAGAUUGAAACAUCAGCUGAAAAAACAUUUGGUAAUGCUAAUGUCACACAUGACUUGAGCUCCUCGAGUGACAUGUCUGCUCAGUGUGCUGCAUCACAGCUCUCUACCUCUGAUGGGAAAUGCAACACUAGUUUAAAGAACGUCACCUCUGAGCUUCAUGUUGAACCUUUGCUUGACUGUAAUUCUGUGGAAGCCAAUGACAAGUCACUUACCGGCCAUGAUGCUGAAGUGACGACCAAGGAGACACAACCAAGCCCAAAAACAUCUGGGUCUGUUAACAGCACGUCUGCUAACGGCACGUUUACCUCCCUCCAGCCCUCGCAAUCGAGUUCCUCUACGGAUCUAAACGCCACUGCCGAAAUAACCAGCCCUCAGAACAAGACUCUGGAUCUCCCUCCGUCUGAUGUAAACAGCUGCAAAGCGAAGAGUCAGGUUACAGUAGACGCUACUUCAGUCAUUAACAACACCAUCGAAGGUUCCCAGAAUCAAAAUUAUUCCGCUGUAAAUGCCAGUGGUCCCGGUAACAUGGUGAACGCCACUUUUCCCCGACAUUCUCUUAAAACAUCAAGUUCCGGUACUAUUUUAGUGGAAUCUGGUGCAGGAACAUUUUGCCUCGAAAACAAUACUUUCGAUGCUAAACUUCGACCUAAGCAGAAUGGCACAAUGACUUUGUCAGAAUCAGGCCCACGUGACGGACACCAGGGUACUUUUGACAAGCCCUCUCUUAAUACAACCAGUAGCCCUAAAGCAAACACUUCUAAUGCACAAUGUCCUAAACUGGUAGAACAGAAUAGGACUACAGAUACAGACCCUAUUGCCAAGAUGGCUGCCACCCCUGAGAGCAAGUUGGAAGCCUAUACAGCUGUUGUGGUGAAUUUUGGAGCUGAUCGACGUAGAACUCAGGACCUUUCACAAUCGGGUCUGCCUGUGAUGGAUGUUUUUUCCGACAGUUUGGCCCAUCAAAGCAUGGAUAUGGCAAAAAAUGCAAACACGUUCGACUUGAAUGAUACCCUUGAUUGGAAGGUGGAAUCUUUGAUAAGUUCAACACCAAUGCCUACAAAAGAAGGGGGCAACAUCUUAGGGGGAGUGAAAAAACUACAUGAGGAUGGUCCCAUUAAACCGGAUGGUCAAGUGCCGUCUGAGGUACCAUCGAACCUUGUCUGUGACCGGAAAACGUUCAUGAAGGUUGUAACUGCUAAAUCCCUUUUGCCUCCUUUGAAAGCUGCAUCCCAGUUGUUCAAAAACAAGACAGCCUCCGCGCUUCCAAGAAGGUUUGAGGCGCUGACAUACGGACAGACCAUGACGAGACAAAGAACCGAGGCUCUGAGAAAUGCUGCUGCUGCUGCUACUGCUGCUCCUGCUGCUCCGGCAGAUCCUCCACAGACUGCAGGAAUAUCAAGCUCAUACAAGUUACGUGCAACAACAGGAUCCAAGCAACCCAAUUCCGGCUUGCAGAGGCCGCAGUUGAGCGGAAUACCGACCGGCAUUCAGAGAGCUGCGACAGGUCUCAGACCAUUAUUCAUGAGAAACAACACAUCAUUUUCAAAUACAAACAAACUCCGUGGACCUGCAGCUUCUUCUCCUGGGACGAAGACUUCACAAGGAAAGAAGCAGCCAUUAACCAGAGGUGAACCUUUGCCACUAGCAAAGAGGAAGAAAAUGGAUACUUCCUUCUCAAGUGGUAAUACUGAAACCUCAAAAUCUUCCUGUGAUACUGCAAACGGAAUCAAAAACCUCAAACGGCCCACAACCACUAAGAGAGCUUUGCCAGCCAAAAUCCAAAGGGAAGCUCCAGUGCCAGCCAGUACUGCUGCUGAAAUCCCACCAUCCUGUGCUGCUGUUAGCAGAGCCAAAGCCCUGAAACUGCCUGCGACCAGCCAUAAAACGCUGUUUGCUAAACCUAAAGACCAUGGCUGCGCCAACUGUGCCUUGCUUGAACAGCAAAUUAAAAUGCAGUCAGAAGUAAUAAGGAGACUAAAAGAAGCUGCUGAAGAAAAGUAAAGAAGAAGAAGAAUAUACAGAACAUAAUAUAACAAUUGUUUAUUAAUGAAUGACCACUUGUGUUUUUUUUUGUUUUUUUUUUAAUAAAGUGCAAUUUUAAUACAAAAUAAAAGGUGUGGUGAACUUAUCAUU